AUGGCCAAGUUAUUCCGAGCUGCUAUCAUGGGUCCACCGGGAUCAGGGAAAGGAACGAUAUCCAAGAGGAUUGCGCAAAGCUUUGGCCUGCAGUACCUGUCCAGCGGCCACUAUUUACGGGAGAGCAUAGCGGCAAACACAGGUAGGAUACAUCUGCUUACAGACAUGCCGCUGUUGCCUGAAUAUAAACACAGGAAGAGCUAAACAGUCUGCAGAAGCGUCCUCAUUUGACACCACAUGCGCAGAUCUCUCUGUUUUCAUUCCUUUGUAACAUCUCAUCUGUCCUAAAAUGUAAUCAUGGCUGAAAAAGAUGGGAACCUUGAUCACCCUGCUCUUUUACUGUUUCUGUCUCUGUCCAAGCACCAGUUAAAGCCCCUACCAAGAUUUUUAUGGAAAUAUCUCCCCCAAAACUUUUACCAGAUUAAUUCUUUACCAUAAGAUAUCCCCACUGUACACUGUAGCUGCCAACUGGAUUUAAUUUGCCUCUUGGCAUGAUGUGCCAAGCUGUUGUAUGCUGAUGAUAUAGUUGGAGCUCAGUGCAGAGGGGCUUAAACAAAAACAUGUGGGCCCGGUUUUCACUGUACUGGAUUGUUUCAGUAAAGUUGUGGCUUGGUAGACAGGGUCAGUAAGCUUUUUCUCUUUGAGUAUUUUAGAUAAGUUACAGUAUCUUUAUAUCUGUGUGUUGUGUGUAUGUUUGAUAGAUAGAUUCUGUGACUUUGCAGAGAUAUUUAACUCAUUAAAUGGUGUGUGUGUGUUUCAUAUAAAGUAGAAAUAAUGGGACAGAGUCAUCUUCAGUGUUAUUAAGUAAGAGUUUAUUUAUCAAGGGUGAAUGUUUGCCCUGUCUUGUUCCUGCAUUUCAUAGAUGUGAAUCACAGUCAUGCAAUCAAUCAUAAUCUUUACCUCUACCUGUGUGUUGUGUACUCAGAGGCAGGAGUGCUGGUGAGGAGCUAUGUGGAAAGAAGCUUGCUAGUACCAGACCAUGUGAUGACCAAACUGAUGCUGCCCAGACUGGAACAGCUCAGCGGCCACAGCUGGCUGCUAGACGGUAUGAAGAAAAUCAUCUCUGCUGUGUAAAAGUGCAUUGUCUGUGUGUUUUUGUGGAAGUGCACACCAGGUUUUGUAUCCUUUGUCCCACAGCAGCUCCCUUCCUUUGUAUUGAUCAUUUGUAGUGAGGGAACAUGAUAUCCGUAAAGUGGCGUCAUGGCUUGUUGUGGGAACUACCAGAAAGCCCUCAAAUCUGAUUGGACAAGAGGGGUGCCACCCCCAAAACACUCCAACUGAUAGCCAUCUUAGAGGCAGGGCCAUCCGGAAAUCAUUAUUCUCUUUACACCUCUGCAUUCUUAGAGGCAUCCUACCUCUUAAAGACUACAUGCAGCGCCUCUUAAACUUGAAGGAGUAGCUUUACUUGGUGGAAAAUUACUCUCUGCAUUAUCCUACAUCUGUGGGUAAUUAGCAGGUCAGUGCAUGCUCACAACUGUUUCUCAACCUACGCCAGUAAUAAAGAUCAAAAGAGGCCACAGUUGCAAGUGAGACUAUAGAGACUAUAGCUGACAACAGUAGCAAGUUUCACAAUUUAUAAUCUACUUAGAUUCUCUGCCAGGCUUUGACUCAGUGACUUAUCUUUUUGUAUCUUUACUUUUACAUCAAGUCUAAACAAAUAUUGCAUGUAAUAUUGUACAGUCUUAAAUAUCAGUAAUUGUCAUUUUUUCACCAUUAAAACAAGGAUUUAUAAAAGCAUUGGUAAUGGCCUCAGAAGUGUGGUCAAUAAGGUCAAGAAACCAAACAGCAUUUCUCCCUUUUUCUUCUCUUGUCUUGAUUUAGAUGUUAUCUAGUAACAUGUUUGGUUGUGUCAGAUGUCUUUUUUCAGGUUAAAUAUUAUCUCCUAUCUUCAUGGGAGAUGCCAAACAUUGAUGAAACUAACUGAAGGAACAUUGAAACAAGUCCACUAAACAGAUAAUUUUUGUUUAGCGAGAGAGCACGGCACCCACACCAAGGUUACGCACACACAAACACAGCCAUGGAAAGACACGUGGGCGCAUUUGUCUCAGUUCAUCGUGUUUGUCUUAUGACUGUCUGAUAAGCUCUGUUAUUAGUGUCCAGAAAAUAGUGAUUCUCAUGGCAUUCCUGCAUUGAUACUUGUGUGCUUGCUUGGUUAUCCUACCAAAACACACUGAGCUAUGAUUUCCUCUACACUCCCCUUCUCUUUCCUCUUGUGUAACCUUUGAUUGAGGCCUUUCCGUCUCCUAUUUGUGAAAAGCACGGCUAUCUGGUUAGAGAGAUUCAGCAGCUCUUUAGUGUCCAAACAAAGGGAGAUACAGAUUGGUUGCCAGUUUCCACUCCAACUCAGAAGGGAGCAAUAAACAGAAGAUGAGGCAUAGCAUACCAAAACAGCAAUACUGUGAGAGAAACUUAAGAGCCUGCAUAUAAGGCAGCAUGUGAGAACCCUUUGGUUUAAUAUUGAAGUAUUCUAACAAAGGGCACUAGAUAUUUACCAACCCCGUGCUGUGAGAUAGUUGAUCCUGAGAGUGGGAAGAGAGGAAAAACAGGAAAAAUGUGGUGAGGACUUUCAUUGUCUGUAGAGGAUUCACAUUACUGUCUCAGAAUAUUCCUGGACUUGUCUUCUCGUGUCAUUGGGUCAAGAUACUUGGAAAAAGUUAAAUAUUUCAUAAACUUACGUUUAUAGAUAUCACCUGAUUUAUCUUCAAGUGUCUUGAACUGUGAGGAUUUGGUCCUCUGAGGAUGAAGAUGACUCAUUUCAAUGAUUCUCUGAUUUUUAUCUUGUGUAAUUCAAACUCACACAUUAUUCUCUGUAGUGUAUCAGAGUAACUAGAUUAGCAUAAAACUUGGUUGAGACAUUCAUUGUUCUCAGAAGAUGCAUGCUACUAUCUUAAGAGAUUUCUUGACUUUUCUCCAGCGUUAUCAGGCCAAGAUUUUUAGCAAUAGUGAAAUAUUUGACACAUACAUUCAUGGUCAUCAGAGGAUAGUUUCUGAAGUCACUGGAUCACACCAGAUUUUUCAUCAAGUGCCUUGCAAUGUUAAGAUUUUGGGCAUUUGUUGAAAUAUUUGAUCAGUGAAAGAAAUGCCAUUAAACUCGGUACAGAAAUUCAUGGUCCCCUGAGGAUGAAGAUAAAUAAUUUUGAUGAUUCUCUCCCUUUAGCAAAAAUUAUUGAGAAUAUGUUUGCGUUUUCAGAGAUAUUUUAAUAACUAAUAAAUUGAUACUCAAAAGAAUUAGCACAGAUUUUAGACAUUCAUGGUCCCCAGAUGAUGGAGAUUACUGACUGUUAUGAUGACUUGACUCCUACUCUAGUGUCAACAUAAGGCUAAGAUAUCUGUGAUUUCAGAAACGUCUCAAAAUCUUGUAAGAUGAUGACCAUGAAACUUGGUGCAUGAUUCAUGGUUGCAAGAGGACAACUUCAGCUGAGGUUGUUGAUCUUCUCUAGUACCGCUAUGAGUUCAGGGGAAAAACCUGUGAAACAAAAAGAUAAAUUUCCAUAAAAGUUGGCAAACAUUCAUGGUUUUUGCUGAUGAGUAUUUACAAUAUUGCCAUGAAAUUUUAUACAGACAUUUAUAGACAACUUUUGCAAGCAUUAGCCUGCCUCUUAUUUAGUGUUAACCAUCAAAUGUUAGCAUGCUAACAAGCUAAAUAAGAACAGUAAACUUAGUGAACAUCAGCACCAGCAUUAUAAUUGUGGGAAUAUUAGCACACUAAUGUUAGCAUUGAACUCAGAGCACCAGAAGGCUUGGGUGCAGCCUCACAGUGCUGCUAGCGUGACUGUAGACUUUUGUCUUGUUAUAACUGAGGGUGGUUCAUCAAGGGCAUGUCACUGGGAGUAUUGUUUUUUCAGCAAGUUAAGUCACACGUGCAUAAUUGUGUUUUUAUACCACUGCCAAAGAUCAUUUCACUGGGAAACUGCAAACAGCUUGAGUCCAAGUUUACUUGCUGUCAUCUCGCAAACAUUCAGACAGAGAACACAUUAUAUGCAUCGGCCUGUGAAAUGGACUUUUGUUUGUGUAUGUAAAUAUUUGUUUUGGAACUGAGUCAAGAAAUCACAGCUUGAAUCACGCCGUCUUGAAUGUAGAUCUUGGUCCAUACAUAAACCGUAUACAUAUUGUCUCUUCUCCUUCUGUUGACAAUCCAGGUUUUCCCCGGACUCUGGCUCAAGCCCGGGCACUGAACAAUCUGUGUCAGCUCGACCUGGUCAUCAGCCUCAACAUCCCCUAUGAGACGCUGAAGGACAGACUGAGUGACCGCUGGGUCCAUCCAGGGAGCGGUAGAGUCUACAACAUGGGCUUCAAUCCACCAAAAGUGAAGGUCUGAUAACUUAGGAACUCUAACAGAUCCAAAAAUACCUCUCCAAGCUACUUUUGUAUUUCCAAGACAACAAUUUUGUGCUGCUAGUUUCUUGCCCCACAGUCUUUGUGUCUGUGUGUUUUGGAGCAAGUAAUGUCAGGGUGGACGCUCUUCAAAAUAGAGAGAUUGGAACCAGAUGAAUAUGUUCACCCACUUCCUUGCUCCCCUGCAUGACAACAACAACCCUCCCACUGUUUGUUGGUACUCUUCACGAGUCCCUUAACUUAAAUCUACUGCAAUCAAACAACACUUUCUAAAAUCUCACAGUGAAGCAGAUAAAGUAAAGACCAAAAUACAAACACUAAUGUGAUUAUGACCUAUAUUCAGGAGGAGACAACUUUUAUCUAGGAGUUUUGGUUUCAAACAGAAAAAUCCCUGUUGGUUGUUUUGGGUGAUGACGGACAAUUAAAGGUAAUUUUGUGAAUUUUAAGCCUGUUUUUGAGGGGAAACAUGGCAGCAUGAACUUCUAUUAAAUAUUUAGUGUUUUGUGAUUCUUAACAUAUUUUAAGAGAAACCUUUUUUAAAAAGAAAUGAGGUCAAACAGUUUGCUUAUAUUGCAGUAUGAACAACUUUGUAGAGCGAGUCCGAAGAGAAGUUUUGGAGUGGUCACAAGGGACACUGACCUUGUACAAAAAUUUGGCGCCCACUGUGGUCAAAAGCUGUGAUGUUUUCCUAAACGAAAACGCAUCUGAUGAGCCAGAUGGACUGUCAAACAUAUUGUUGACAUUAGAUAUAUUUUAUAUCCACCUAGAGACGGAUAACUUUGGGAGGGGCAGAACCUUUCAAAAUAAAAGCACAGGGUGAAUGGAUGAAAGUUCUGUCUGCUCCAGGCCAAUCAGAGCAACAAAACAUAUAAUCACAUAUACUGUCCAUACUAUGUGGAGUCAUAAAACUAUAUUGUUAUUUCUCUUGACAUUUACAUGUGAUUUAUAAUCUCAUCAAUGACAGUUUCACCUCAUUUUUGAAAUACACCUCUGAAGGGAUCAUCACUCUGAAGCUGCAGCCACACUAAUCUCCUUACAGACUGCCAUUGUUUACAGGCCGAGCCACAACUAAACACACCAGUAGCAACCGCCUCUUUCCCCUCAAAUGACCUCGACUGGUCUGGUCAUUCUCUUACUGAACAAGCACAUCAGCUUGAAGACAGAUCCUCUUGAUGACAGAAAUAUGGCAAAUCCGUUUGCCUUGCAAGGUUAAUGCUUACUUCGAGGGAAAGCCCUAUAGUGAUCUAAAAACCAGGGCCCGGAUGUAUUUCAUAAAUAAAAUGGACUGUAACAUGUCCGUCCAUGUGGAGGAGGCCCAAAAGGAUUUGUUUUCAGCAUUUUCAGAUCCUGUAAUUCUCUCCAUCUGCUAAAUGUCUGAGGCUGACUUCAGUUUUUGCCCAUGUUUGGACACGGCCCAUUGACAUUUUUGUGCUUCUUCCAUCAGUUGUGUUAUAUUUAUCUGUUUUAGUUCAGCCAACUCUCUCACUGUAUUUUUCAUGGGGUUCGAAAAUGUGCUUCCUUUCACCAUUAACUGAUUAACCUUGUGUCUGCUGUGGAAGGAAAACUCUUGUCUGUGUUACGAGGAAUAGAUAACAUGAAAAAGAAAUAGUUGAUCUUCUCACUCAUAGUUUUGACUGCUUAUGUAGGUCAUAUAAAAACAUAAAUAUUUGAUGAGACUCCUUUCAUAACCUCUAAACGAUCCUUGCAGCUGCUUUAAAAGAGGAGGCUGAUAAGAGCUUUUGGUGCCCUCUACCUUCAGUAAACAACCGGACUUGUUACUUUACCCUGAAGCAAUGUAUUACUGGACUCAGACUACAUGGUAUCCCAGCAGAAAACCAGCUCAGAAAAACUAGUUUGACCAGUUCAGUUUGAUUAUUUUUCUCAUUUACAAGGACAUGAUUAUUUUGACAAUGCUGGAAAUAUCAAACUGUCCAAGGAGAGACUGACAAUCUCCAUCAAAUUGAAUGUUGCUUCGAGGAGCUGGUACCUCUUUGUUAUGUAUAUCAGCCACUCGUGAUAUGAAAUUGCACUUCUCCUAUUGGUACUUCGCUGCAUGCCUGACCUUGUGUUGCCUUGUGUCCCUCAGGGUAAAGAUGACAUCACUGGGGAGCCGUUGAUUCAGCACGAUGAUGACAAACCAGAAGCCCUGAUGGCCAGACUGAGACACUACAAAGAUGUGGCCAAGCCUGUCAUAGACUUAUACAAGUCAGUAUAUAUGUCCCCUCACUGACUGCUGAUGACAGACAGGAUUUUGAUUGAUUUCCCAUCAAUAACUAAUCGCUAUUGACCGAUAUUAAAAGCUUUUUUGUAUAUACACCACAAAAAAGAUGCUUCUUUAACGGAUUCCUGCCUACCCCAUUUUUAAUAUAGUAAAUAUGUUUUUGUUGCAAAUGUGUCUAAAUUCUAUGUUAGGGUUAUUAUAGCCAACAGGGUGGUUUUAUUUCUUCCGAAAUUGCAUUGUGCGUGGUAUUAUUUGAUGAAUGGUCACUAUUUAAGUAAUAUAGUCAUCAUGGAUUGUGGUACGAAUGAAAACAGCACACACAUGAGAAGCUUCUUCUCAUUUAGGAUCAGAUUCUGUUGAAUUUUAUCUAUUCUCACUGCAAUAAAUUACAGAGCUCAAUCAGCUUUUAUGCAUAAAACAACAAGUCUGAACUUAACAAGUGUAGCCACAUUCUGCCGUUCAAUCAAUUAAUCGAUCGAUCAGUCAUUACUGUCUUUUCUUUUCUUAUCCCUCUCUCAGGUCACAGGGAAUCCUGCACUCAUUUUCUGGUACAGAGACAGACCGGAUCUGGCCCUACAUAAACUCUCUGCUCAGCACCAAGAUGCACAUACAGCCAUCAGACACCACCGUGCAGACACAGACCCCCUGACACCUCUCUGGAUGAAAACAACAGGGAAUCAUGAAAGAGCAGCUAGAAGACACAGGGGUGGUGUUUCCUGUGUCUGCAGGGAGUGA